AAUCCACAUCAGAAAAAAAAAAACCCCCCCACGAAUCAGGACGAGGUGCCCAAACAACCACUCAAUUCUUCCACCCAGGAGGCUUUGGACCCGCGCCGAAAUCAUGCGCUCCAAAUUCCCCUCUCUGGGUACCACCCCAAUAAUUUCCAGGCGCUCACUGACUUACAAAAAAGCAUUACUAUCGAAACGAACCUUGGCAAGUUUAACCUCCAAGAGGGCUCCUACCAACAAUAAAAGAGAAGCCGGGGGUGAUGACGGCCCGGUUCCUAAACCCAAGAAUGACCUUUUCAGAAAGAAUUUUACGCCGGUAGGUCUCCUAAUGUAGAAAAGUGAUCGGCUGCCAUCAGGAUUGGAAUUUACGGAAAUUGCUAACUCUUAGAGUUAGUCGGAGAUAGAGGCCGGCUGGUAUGAUUACUGGGUAUCCCGUGGCUUCUUCGAGCCUCAAAAGAGCCCUCACAGGAAGGAAAUUCAUAUGCUCCUCCCGCCUCCGAAUAUUACCGGGCAACUACACAUCGGGCAUGCGCUCAUGCUCUCAAUACAAGACGCCCUGGCACGAUGGCAACGCAUGAAUGGCUACCGCGUAUUCUGGCGGCCGGGCACUGACCACGCGGGUAUAGCGACGCAGUCCGUAGUAGAGAGGAUGCUGGAGGCGAAGGAAGGGCUCACGAGGAAAAAAUUGGGAAGAGAACGGUUUCUGGAGGAAGCCAAUAGGUGGCGUGAUCUAAAUGGUAGCGCUAUUCUAAAGCAGAUGGAGAGGUUGGGGGUAUCUACCGCCAAGAGUCUGGAGUAUUAUACGCUAGAUAAGGGCCUUAGUGGAGUGGUUACGAGGGCCUUUGUCAAGCUGUACGAUGACGGGAUGAUCUAUCGGGACACAAGGAUGGUCAAUUGGAGCCCCCGGUUGCAAACUGCUAUUUCGGACAUUGAGGUUGUAUGGAAGGAGAUCGAGGGGAAGACGGUUAUCGACAAGUAUGGAAGUCAUUUUGGCCCGGCUUUGUGACUUGAGUUCUGACCGUUUUAGUGCCGAGUUCGGCGUUCUCCACUCCUUCGCAUAUGCACUGGAAGACGGAAGUGGGGAAAUUUUAGUCUCGACCACAAGGCCAGAGACAAUCCCGGCAGAUAGAGCUAUCGCCGUGCAUCCCGAUGAUGAGAGGUACAAGGUGCGCGAAAGCAUACCACAAAUUCUCCUAAAAGCGAAUCAACACUAAUUGGCCCAUCGCUCAACAACAACAGCAUUUACACUACAAGUAUGCUUACCACCCCUUGCUUCCAGACGUCAAGCUUCCGAUCAUCCCAGACGCAAAACUAGUAGAUCCAGAAUUCGGUACGGGAGCAGUCAAGAUCACACCAUGCCAUGACCCCAAAGAUUUUGCAUUCUGGAGACAACAUACCUCCCCAGACGCCGACAGGAAAGUCGACAUUCCCCUGGUAGCCCUCUUCACAGAGACUGGGCAAAUCAAACCUGAAGUUGGAAUCAAGUCACUCAUUGGCAAAGACCGCCUCGAAGCCCGGAGACUAGUUGUGACCCUCUUGGAAAGUGGAAAUGCUUAUCGCGGGGCAAAAGAGCACCCCACACGGAUCGCUACUUGUGAACGCUCUGGCUGCGUCAUUGAGCCGAUGAUGCAGCCGCAGUGGUACCUGAAGAUGGAAUCGCUCGCAAAAGCGGUCUUGAAGGCCGGCAAGAGCGGUUCACUGAGGAUCAAACCUGACAACCCGUAUCGGGAAUCCUGGAUCAAGUGGCUGGGCGAGACACAGGAUUGGUGCUUGUCGAGGCAGAUAUGGUGGGGCCACCGCGUGCCCGCAUAUCGAGUUAUUGACCCUAUUGGCAAGGUACCUGGAAGAUGGAUCGUAGCCGCUAGCGAGGGUGCGGCCAGGGCCAAAAUGACGGCGGAGGAAAGGGAUAGUUGUAAUCUCGAGCAAGAUUCCGAUGUGCUUGACACCUGGUUUUCAUCCGGGCUUCUACCACUCAGUACUGCAGGGUGGAAUGGGGGUCAUGGCGGUGAAGUUGGCUCCGGGUAUCCCCUGAAAUUCAUUGAAAGUGGUGGUGAUAUCUUGUUCUUCUGGUUGGCAAGAAUGGCUAUGCUAUGUGAGUUGUUCUCAAUCCCGAUCGCUGUCGGGCGGACUAACAAUAUACAGGUCAUUAUUUCGUGGGAGAACUGCCGUUCAGGGAGGUACUCCUACACCCACUAGUAUGCGAUUCCAAUGGCAAGAAGAUGUCCAAAUCAGUGGGAAAUGUGUUAGACCCACUGGCCGUGAUCGACGGGCGAACCUGGGAGGAGAUUGUGUUUGCUCUCAAGAGAGAACACAGGCAUGAGAUCAAACAAUGGAAGAGGGUACCGGAACGGUACAAUACCGUCGAGAAGGAGAUGAAGAGGAGGUUGCAGGUGGCAAAAGGUUUAUACGGAGUAUCCGGCAUUCGUGAGAGCGGCGCGGAUGCGCUGAGGAUGGCCUUGAUAAAUCUCGCCAAACAGGUUUGUCCGUGCUAACCCCUCCGCUCCGGAACGUGGGGACUAAUCCUCCUUCCCAAAGCCCAGGGAGAUCAAAAUGGACUUGAGGGAGGUUAACACAUUCCGGCAGCUCAAUAUAAAGCUCUGGAACGCUGUCAAGCAUUUACAUCUCGCCAAAACCAAUGCUGAAAGGGUGACAAACGCACCCACCCAGAUCCUUCCGAUUGAUAUAGUCAUCCCGAGAACGGAUUUCGCCCAACUAACUAACAGAGCACUCAAUAUGCAUGACUGGUUUAUGAUCGAUCGUCUGCGCGGGGUCACAGAGGCCUGCGGGAUAGCCUUUAAGGAGAGGAAUCUGUACAAUGCUACUGAAUCAAUCAGGUCAUUCAUCUACAAUGACUUCUGCGACGUAUUCCUGGAGUUUCAGCGGCCGGAUAUGGCGCCCGAGUCAGAUGCUAAUGUAAGUCCCAGCAUCGUUGCCGGGGCUACAACCCAAGCAUACUAACCGCCUCCCAGAAGCGCCAACUAGCCAUGAGCCUAACAACCCACGCCCUGGACAUACUCGUCCGGUUAAUGCACCCCCUCGCCCCGUUCCUCACAGAAUGUAUCUGGCAGCGUCUCGACCCAGAACGGCAGGCCGCCGAGGCAAACACAAUCAUGGGAGAGCCCUACCCAAUACUAGAAGACAUCCCCAGGGUGGAAGCGUCACUGGUAACGCCAAUGCGCUACGUCCUCGAUCUGGUAUCCAAGCUGCGAAUCCUGGCCGGGACAGCCAAAGAGAGGCAGGAGGCGGUAGUAUAUGUCACCCCCAGGCAGCCGGUGCUGGCAAAGUACCUGAAGGAAAAACUAGGGGUAUUGCAGUCCAUAACCAAGGUGAACGUGAAUGCGACCACCAAUGAGGAAGAUAUAGGAAGCAUCCAUGAUGUUCCGGCCCGAGGAGCAGAAGACGAGGAGACUGUGUGGCAGUCUUACGAAGAGGCGCUAGGAGGCGGAAGGGUUAGGACGGUUUUCAGAUUUCAAGAUGUUAGAGAGCGUUGGGCGAAGCCGCGCUAG